CUUCCCCACCCUAAUUUUGCACAAGUGCUCCCUGUUUUCCCUCUAGUAGUCAUGUAUUUUUAGCCCUGUGUUGGCCAUUGUCUCGUGUCGGCUGUUGCUUGUAUUCCUGGACUUUGUGCUGUUUUCUUGUUCAUUUCAUGGAUUAUGUUUCAGUUUUCAAUUUAUUGAACCCCAUUUAAUCAGCAUAUAGAUCCAGCUUCCUCGCUUCGUUUUUAACAGCAUACUAGAGCAUCAUAACACAGGAUGCGUAACCUCAGAGGAGUGAACUAUAAAAACACACAACAAAGUGAAAAAAACCAACUGAAAAACAACUUUUUUUUCUGGUCAGUCUCAUAUUCAGAAACAAGAAUGUCCAGUACCGUCAUACCCACAAACUCUGGGACGCUGCUCAUCCAGUUUCAGUCAUCAGAACAAACAGCACCAGCUGAAACAGGGACAAAUGCUCCAGUGACUGUUCAUGUCCCACAGGCAGCUUCACUUCCUCAAGGACUUCAGGCAUUUCUAAAAGGACAACCAAAAGCGCUUGGGACUGUCCAGAUAAUGAUCGGCCUGCUGAUUCUCCUGCUUGGCAUUGUGUCUACAGUCCAUGCAGAAUCCAUCUUUGUCUUCAUUGGUAUUCCUUACUGGGGAUCUCUCAUCUACAUUAUCGCAGGAUCACUGAGCAUUGCUGCAGAAAAUGCACUCCAUGUCAAAGGCCCCUCCAGUCUGUGUUUGGUGAAAGGUUCACUUGGAAUGAGCAUCAUAAGCACUUUAACUGCAGGCAUUUCCAUUAUUAUACUUUCAUUGGAUGUGUCUAUAGGAGUACUGAACUAUUACUGCUAUCAUCAUGACUGUUCUCAUUCGGAUGUCAAGUAUAAGACCCUCUUCCGGGGGAUCAGUGGUGUGUCUUUGGUAUUCACUGUCCUUGAGUUCAUCAUCUCCAUCUGUCUGUCAGCAUUUGCCUGUAAAGCCAACGCCUGCUGUGCUCCUCAGGUGCUGAAUGUUCACCAAGUUGUAAUUCCACAGUCCUAUGCCUUUAGACCCAAUCACUCCCUCGAUCUGACCAAAUCAGAGGUUCCUCUGGUCAGCAGCUCUUCCAUGCAUCACCAUCCUGCAGAAAAUCCCCCACAAUACAGUGACUGUUCUGCUCCUAAAUAUGAAUCUUAAAAAGUGGAUGGUGCUGUGGUCCUGCCGUUGGAUUUUACUCUUUCGCAGGACACACGGGUUCUUCCAGUGAUUACUGUCCUUUAUCUCUGCCAGUGGUAUUUGAGUAAAUGUAGUUACUGUACUUGAGUAUCUUUUUGGCUACUUUGUAGUUGUAAUGAGUAUCAAAGAUAUUAGCAACUUUUACUCUCUACUUGACUAUAUUUUUGAACAAGUAAAUGUACAUUUUACUCCAAUACAUUUGAGUAAUGCAGUUACACAUUUUGCAUGGCACCUAACUUUUUCUGCAGCAGUUUGUUUCUGCUAUAACAAAGCGAUAUCGCCAUCUACAGGGCACUGAAGGCACGGUACUAUAUCUUGUGCAGUUUGCCUUUACUUACCCAAACUUGUCAACAAAGCUACUUAAGUUGAAUGGGAGUGCAGGUAGUUGCUGAAUCGCAGGAGUUUGAUUUAAGAGAUGAAGACAUAGCUGCAGCCGGUGAUGAGGCAGAAACCGGCACAUCCAGUGCAAGAAGGUUUUGACUAAUUAAUUUUACUUAACAUUAUUUUAUUUAUCCGUUAUAUUGAAGAGACAUUUUUAAAGGGUAUUGGUUCGCUUAUGGCCUUUUUGUGAAGUUGAACUUAACUAAGACUUGAGAGUUUGUAGACGUUUCAGAGGCUGUUGUGUCGACCUUGAUUUAUUGCAAUAUUGAGGUGUUGAGUUUUAUUUUGACCUUAGAAAAUAAACAUGAUUCAUCAUCUUACAAAUCAACUGUUUAUUUUUAUUGGCAUGAGGAAUAGAGCCUACAUUCAUACAUGUCCUUGGUCCACUUUUAUUUUUAAUCUACACCCAUUCUCUGGGUCAGAUCAUCUGGCGCCAUGGUUUUAAUUUUCACAGUUACGCUGAUGAUACACAAAUCUAUUUUACUGUACAGCCUAAUUCUGUUUUUCCUCCAUCUUCUUUUACAUCUUGCUUACACAAUCUCAAAAUAUGGAUGGCUCAAAAUUACUUAAAGUUGAAUAUGGAAAAAAAUGAAAUUCUGCUAGUAGGCCAUAAAUCCCUUGAUCUCUCCCAACUUGACUUCUCCAUUAACAUUGACAGUGUUCUGGUUCAUCCCUCUUCUACUAUACGAAACCUUGGUGUAUUGUUUGAUCCUAGGCUAUGUUUUGAACCCCAUAUUAAUCAGCUUGUCAAGUCCUGUUUCUUCCAUCUUCGUAAUAUUGUUAGUUUAAGAUCCUCACUAAAUUUCAAAGAUGCUGAAACGGUUGUUCAUGCUGUUAUAACUUCACAUCUAGAUUAUUGCAACUCCUUCUUUUAUGGUCUACCCAAAAAAGUCCUAAAUCACUUGCAGCUAAUUCAGAAUUCAGCUGUUCUGGCUUUUACCAAAAAUUCAGCUCACAUCACUCCUGUCUUACAGCAGCUACAUUGGCUUCCUGUUAGUUACCGCAUCCAGUUUAAGAUUCUUGUUCUAGUUUUUAAGGCUUGUCAUGGUUCAGCACCUUCUUAUCACUCUGAAUUGAUUCUUCCAUAUGUCCCUGCCCGUACUCUGAGAUCGAGCUCUGAAAACUUGCUUGCAGUACCCAAGUUCCAUCUAUCUAGUGUGGGUUGUAGGGCUUUCAGCAUUUCAGCUCUGGAACAAACUACCACAAAUCCUUUGUGUUGUCUCUUCACUUCAGACCUUUAAAACUGCUCUCCAAGCUCAUGUUUUGUGAAUUGAUUGUGUGCCUCAAUUUUUCAGCUUGCUUGCUUUUGUAACUUCUCUUGUACAUUAACUAUCUCUGUCUGUGCCAUCUGGUUGAUCAUGUGUUUAAUACUGACUGUAUACUUGUAUAUGUGUUCAUGUGUUGUAUAUCUGGUAUCUGGUAUAUCUGGUUGAUCAUGUGUUGUAUCCUGGCUGUAUACUUGUAUAUGUGUUCAUGUGUUGUAUAUCUGGUAUCUGGUUGAUCAUGUGUUGUAUAAUGGCUGUAUACUUGUAUAUGUGUUCAUGUUAUCUAUUAACUUCAUGUAAAGUGUCCUUGGGUCCUUGAAAGGCGCUAUAUAAAUAAAACAUAUUAUUAUUAUUA